ACAUCAAAAUAAACCCUCGAACAGUUUUUUAAGAAACUCAUUAUAGGUUGUUGGUGCAAAACCCAAGUAUUACAAGAUUGGAUCUUUCCAAAGGAUUCUUAGGGAUAUGAAUAUGAAAAACAAUGAAAGACAGGAAACAUGAUUGCCAUGGACAUUCAUGGACCACCGGAUAAAAUUGCAAGUUUUAGGGAAAAUAAGCUCAAUGCAUGUCGUGAAAAAGAGUAUUUGAAGUCGAGGUGCAUCCUGCGAACAACUUGGGGCCCAGAAGGAUUGCUACAAUUUGAAAAAGUUCAUGAAUGUUUGCACAGAAAGUGCAUCUGUAGAUACUCUUUCUUUAGUACACAGUAAAGGGAGACUAAAGAGCUUAAUAGGGUUUAGGGUGAAUGCUCUUCCCAUUGUGGAGAAGAGCAGAAUCAAUGGGAACGCUAUCAUGGAAUGCUACUGCUUUCCUUUCUGCGGCAGCAACGUCCAAGCAGCGUCAUUUUCGUAGCAGCACUGUCACAUGGGAAAGCAGACUAGAGGUCACUGCUCCAGAAAAGAGAGGCCGUGCCCCACUUUUGGGAUGGAACAUGCCCGACAGAUGGACUCUGCCGCUCGAUAUGCGUCCUCCGGCCGCGCUCCCUGACCCAAAUUGAAAAAUCAUGUAUGCUAUCUUAGGAGUUCGAAACUGUUACAUAAAAAAGCUUUAUCUCCAAGCCGACAUUCACCAAAAGAGAGGGAAAAUAGAAAAAUCUUAGGCUUUGUUGCCCAUUUUUCACCCACGUAGCAGCAAAGGGGAGAGUGUUUUGCUGUUUGAUGUUAACGAAAGUUUGAAGAGCUUCAUGGCAUGACAUGAUAUCAACACUUGGUUACCCUGCAAGUCUCACACGUUUCUGGAACAUAACGGAAGUCUUGGCACAAUGCAAUGAGAGUAGAAGUUUCAGGAUUUGAUUUAAUAUUUGAUCUACAUGGCAAAACAGAAAGGGAGGCAUAGCACGUACUUGUGGGUUUGGCGAAGUUCCGGGGUUUUAUGAAAAUCUCCCUUAUGUUGAUCUUGUGUAUCAGCCACUGGGUGAUAUUAAGAUUGAUUUUGGUGCUCCUCAUAAACGUUUUGAUGUUAAUAGUUAUAAAGAGAGCUGGAUUUAGACACAGGGUUGCGUUCUAAAUUUAGCCUAAUUUGAGCACGGACGGGAACGGUUUCCGAGCCGUAUUUGUGCCAGUGGAGGAGGGGUCGCGUUUCCUCCAACCUUGUUUUAAGGUGGAUGCUCUCCCCAUUGUGGAGAAGAGCAGAAUUAAUGGGAGCGCUAUCAUGGAGUGCUACUACUUUCCUUUCUGCGGCAGCAACGUCCAAGCAGCGUCAUUUUCGUAGCAGCAUUGUCACAUGGGAAAGCAGACUAGAGGUCACUGCUCCCGAAAAGACAGGCCGCGCCCCUCUUUUGGGAUGGAACAUGCCCGACAGAUGGACUCUGCCGCUCAAUUGGCAUCCUCCGGCUGCGCUCCCCGACCCAAACUUUCUCUGUACAUUUUGGGAAUUAUGGUAGCUAUGGAGCCAAUAGCAGCAGUGAUAGAUGGAAAAGCUAUUGCACAAGAAAUAAGAAAUGAAGUUGCAGUGGAAGUAUCCAAAAUGAGAGAUGCACUUGGAAAGGUUCCUGGUUUAGCUGUGGUGCUAGUUGGAGCAAGAAAGGAUUCAGAGACCUAUGUUCGCAGCAAGAAAAAAGCUUGUGUAGAGGCAGGAAUUGCAUCACUAGGCAUUGACUUGCCAGAAGAUUCCAGUGAAGAGGAAGUUGAAAAGGCUGUUAGGACUUUCAACGAUGAUCCAUCCAUUCAUGGUGUUUUAGUACAACUUCCUCUUCCACAGCAUAUCAAUGAGGAGAAGAUCUUGAAUACUAUUAGCAUUGAAAAAGAUGUCGAUGGUUUCCAUCCUUUAAAUAUUGGACGGUUAGCAAUGCAAGGGAGAAAGCCUUUAUUUGUACCUUGUACACCAAAAGGAUGCAUAGAGUUGCUGCUUCGAUCUGGAAUAGAUAUGAUGGGAAAGAAGGCAGUUGUGAUAGGCCGUUCCAAUAUUGUUGGGAUGCCUGUUUCGAUGCUUUUGCAAAGACACAAUGCAACCGUUACUAUUGUGCAUUCCUAUACCAAAAAUCCUACAGAUUUUACUCGUGAAGCAGAUAUUCUUGUUGCUGCAGCAGGUGUGCCAAAUUUGGUUCGUGGUGAUUGGCUGAAACCUGGUGCAGUAGUAAUUGAUGUUGGCAUAAAUGCAGUAGAGGAUCCUAAUGCUAAAAGAGGAUACCGAUUAGUUGGUGAUGUUUGCUAUGAAGAGGCUUCAAGAAUAGCUUCAGCAAUAACUCCUGUACCUGGCGGUGUUGGCCCAAUGACUAUUGCGAUGCUUCUGUCCAAUACUCUAGAGUCAGCAAAACGGGCAUAUGGGUUCAAUUGAGAUUUUUGAUGUUUGAUCUAGGCCUUUUGCAAUAGGCUUCAGAUUUGUAAUAACACGGGUUUUACGAGGCUUAUAAAUUAGUUACCUAUUACUGUAAGUAUUAAAAAGAUUUAAUUUUUGCCGUAAGGCAUUUUUUGGAGGCUUUAGGCAUGUAUACGAGAAUUUAGGACUAGAUGAUUACAUUUUCUUUACGUGGAGACAACUGUAACAUAAAUUGUUAGUUUCUAAUACUUAGUGAAAUCACUGACCUUUUUUUCUA